UCAUAUUUUUUAGUACACAUUCGUGUUCAAAAGUAGAUGGGUGUGUGGAUGCCUCCGUUCGGUUUUCUCAAGUUGUGAACGUUCUGUGCCGUGAAAUAUGUGCAGUGAAUAGAAAUUUUUAUCAUGUGCAGUGUUUUACAAAAUUAAGGAGUCAUGUUUCGUUGUAUUCCCAUGUUUAAGGGAUGUAAUCGGCAAGUGGAAUAUGUUGACAAGCGUCACCAUUCCCUUCAUACCGUCCCCGAAGAAAUUAUACGAUAUUCAAGGAGUUUGGAAGAACUUUUGCUAGAUGCAAACCACAUCCGUGAUCUUCCAAAGAAUUUCUUCCGCCUUCAUCGUCUAAGAAAAUUAGGUUUAAGUGACAAUGAAAUUCGGCUACUGCCUGCCGACAUCCAAAACUUUGAAAACCUGGUGGAGUUGGAUGUCUCUAGAAAUGACAUUCCUGACAUUCCGGAGAAUAUCAAGAACUUGCGCGAACUACAGGUGGCGGAUUUCAGCAGUAACCCAAUCCACAGAUUACCCCAGGGCUUUGUCCAACUCCGUAACUUAACAGUUUUAGGGCUUAAUGACAUGUCUCUUAGUUCACUGCCCUCUGACUUUGGGUGUCUUGUCAGUCUUCAAUCAUUAGAAUUACGAGAAAAUGUACUAGAAUUUCUUCCCGAAUCCUUAUCACAACUCUCAAAACUUGAGCGGCUAGACUUAGGGGAUAACAAAAUUGGAGAAUUGCCUCGUCAUAUUGGUAAACUUCCAGCUCUUCAAGAACUUUGGUUAGAUCACAAUGAAUUACAACACCUUCCGUCAGAAAUUGGCCACUUGAAGAAAUUAGCUUGUCUUGAUGUGUCAGAAAAUCGUCUCGAAGAUUUACCAGACGAAAUUUCAGGAUUAGUUUCCCUCACUGACUUACAUUUAUCACAGAACAAUAUUGAAACACUUCCAGAUGGAAUCGGAGCUUUAGAAAAGCUUACCAUUCUUAAAAUUGAUCAAAAUAGACUUAUUGCUCUCAAUGUUAACAUUGGAAGAUGUAUAAGUCUACAAGAACUUAUUUUAACAGAAAACUUUUUAAUGGAAGUACCCUCAACUAUGGGCUUUUUAGUAAAAAUGACAAAUUUGAAUGUUGAUCGAAAUAGUCUGAGAACCCUUCCACCAGAAAUUGGAAAAUUAGAGAAUUUGGGAGUUCUAUCUUUAAGAGACAACAAAUUACAAUAUCUGCCCUCUCAGUUGGGCAAUUGUAAACUUUUACAUGUUUUGGAUGUGUCUGGAAACAGGUUACAAUAUUUGCCAAUGUCUUUGGCAAACUUAAACUUGAAAGCAGUCUGGUUGUCUGAGAACCAAGCGCAGCCUUUACUUAAAUUCCAGACAGAUAUUGACGAGACAACGGGAGAACAAGUUCUCACAUGCUUUCUUUUACCACAAUUGGAGUACCACCCUGAUCACAACCAAGUGAGCAGCAUUUAUGAUAGAGAAGGCUUCUCUUCUGUAUCACUCUCAGAAAUCCAGAAGACUGACGAAUCAGAUGAUGAAGGUUGGGAAGAAAGGGAGGCAUCACGCACUCAUUCUGUUAAGUUCACGGACGAUUUAAACUCGAACGAACAGGACAAAGAGACACCAUUUGUACGACAAAAUACACCCCAUCCCCGAGAGCUAAAGGCUAAGGCUCACAAAUUAUUUGGGAAAGGUGGCAAGAGUCCUGAUACCAAGGAAGUAGAUGAUGUUGAUCCUCAGCCUGCUGAGGCACCUGUGCACAAAGAGGAAUCUAAAGAAGAUGAAGCAAUUAGUGACCAUAGUAACCACUCUGAUGAAGUUCCAAGAGGGAAUGCUGUUAAUAGUCAAGAUGGUGAGCCUGAAGAAGAGAGUGAAGAUGACCUGUUAGAUGAAAAUGAAGAUCCAGAAUCUGAUCAGGAAGGGGAGAGGCAUGUUGGGUUUGAGGGUGUGGUGGAGGGCGAAGGGACAAGGCCGAAUCGCCUACAUCGAAGAGACACUCCACAUCAUCUGAAGAAUAAGCGCAUCAACUCACAAACCCUUGAUCAAGAUAAGGUUGCAUCUAUCAUAGCUCAGGCACUGACAAAGAAGAAUGAUGGAGAAACUGUGGAUUCUGGCAGUACUCAAUACGUGCAGCCCUCAGAUAUUGUGCAGUCUGUAGAAGUAAGAGAGGAGCAAUAUAACAUUCACAUUGAACGAACUUCUGCUGGGCUUGGCCUCUCCAUCGCUGGUGGCCUUGGUUCAACGCCCUUCAAAGGAGAUGAUGAAGGGAUCUUUAUUUCAAGAGUCACUGAAGGUGGACCUGCUGAUUUAGCAGGGCUUCGGGUUGGUGACAAGGUAUUGGCAGUAAAUGGCAAGUUACUAGUUGGGACGGAUCACUGGACUGCUGUUGAGGCAUUGAAAGCUGCUGGUGGCACUCUAGAUUUAGUUGUUGCAAGAGAAGUUACAAGAAUUGUUGCAAAGACUCAUGGAACAUCUUCCUCCUCUCCUGCAUCAACACCUGUGUUCCGUCCUGGUGACUCGGCAUGUUCCAGCCUCGGAACAAGCCGGGCCACUAGUGCCACAUCCCAUCAGUCUAUUCUUACUUCUGGAUUUGAAAGUACAGGAAAUGUGGCUGGACCAGAGAAGGUAAGGGCCAUAGAAAAUGGUCAAGGAGAUGAAGUAUACGCUGAGGUUACAAAUAAGGUGAAGCGUAUUCCAGAGCCCUUAAAGGGAAUGGGAAACGAUACCGAAGUUCGUAAGGUAAUGGUGUGUACUACCCUCAUACGAGAUUGUAAUGGCCUUGGAUUCAGUAUCGCUGGUGGAAAGGGUUGCCCUCCAUUUAGAUCUGAUGGAAAUCCUGAUUCUAUUUAUAUCUCAAGAAUUACUGAGGGAGGUGUUGCUGAAAAAGAUGGAAAGCUUCUUGUUGGUGACCGUAUUAUUUCCAUAAAUGGUGUAGAUCUUAGUGGAGCUAGACAUGAUCAGGCUGUAGCCAUGCUGACAGGAUUAGAGAGAUUUGUGCGACUCGUUGGAGAAAGAGAGGUGCUUGUUAGUAAAGGCCAGACGCCUUCACCCUCACCUGCUGAAAAGAGUCCUCAUAUCUUUGGUGGACCCAAACCAUAUACAGGCCUGUAUACCGCUAACAGUUACAUGGCAAAUCGGCCAGGUUUCAGGAGAGCUUCUCCUGGAAGCCCAGGAUAUAUGUCAACAGUGUCUUCCCCUGAUGUUAAUUCUUCUGUUAAAUUUGGAUUAACAUCUCCAACUCCCACCCCAACUACACCCACACCUCCCAGUAUCACACCAACUGCCAAAUCAACAGUACCAACUAAGUCAGUUACAGAAACUAUACCAACCCCAUCACCUAAAGUCAAUGGGGUAGAGCCACCAAGACCAGCACCUCGUACUCGUCUUACUAGCAGUAAUUCAACAUCUGGAGAACCACCACAGCUCCCCAAAGCGAUCACAAGCGAAGACUUCCAGGCCAUGAUUCCGGCUCGCUUCCGUGGUGAGGAGGAGGCGCCUAGUGGCCCCACUGUCACCGUCACCAUCAAACAACCUUCUGACAUGAGCCUUCAGUUCCCCCCGCCCCCCUCCACUCUAGGCAAAGUCACCGAGACCAUCACCAAAAGUACCUUCACUGAAACUGUGGUGACUCGCGUCACAGAUAACAAGCUCGUCACCCCAGCCCCUAUGGAGGAGGUAACUCUCUUUAAGGACGGCGGGUCUCUAGGAUUCAGCAUUAUUGGAGGGACAGACCACUCGUGUGUACCAUUUGGAGGAGGAAAACCAGGCAUCUUCAUAUCGCAUAUUGUACCUGGAGGCAUUGCUGCAACAUCUGGAGCUCUGAGGAUGGGAGACAGAAUUCUUGAGGUGUGUAAUGAAGAUGUUAGUAAAUGUACACAUCAGGAAGCUGUCAUGACCCUACUUCAACCUGGAAAUUCCAUCACACUUCUUGUCCAACAUGAUCCACUUCCUGAAGGGUUCCAGCUGACAGACAUAGAAUAUGUGCCAUUUAUGGAAUUGACAAUUGUGAAACUGGAUGGAGAAAAACUAGGGAUGCAUAUCAAAGGUGGCCUUAGAGGGCACAGAGGUAAUCCCCUCGACAAAACAGAUGAAGGUGUAUUCAUAUCUAAAAUUAAUUCUGGUGGUGCUGCCAAACGAGACGGCAGACUAAAGGUGGGAAUGAGAUUAUUGGAGGUGAAUGAUGCAUCAUUAUUGGGUGCUUCUCAUCAAGAAGCUGUCAAUGCAUUGCGCAAUGCUGGCAAUACAAUUCGACUAGUAGUUUGUAAAGGCUAUGACCGUGCUGAAGUCGAAAAAUUGAUCUCUGAAGGUAAGAUAACCAAAGAGAUGUCAAAAUCUAUCUCACAAAGUGUUUCAAGCCUCGACAGAGAGGAUGAGGAUUCUGCAACUCUUAAACAAGAGCAACAAAUGAAGCAAGAGCUAGUUCAAUGGGAACAAGAACAAGAAGAACGUGAAAGGGAGCUCAGAGAAAGAGAAGCAGAAAGAGAAAGAGAGCACCAACUUGCUCUACAACAAAGUCAGAGUGAUCUACAACUUGAGCCUGUGAGGGAAAAAUCAACCCCUGAGAGAGUUCUUGAUGUUGUGAGGGCUGCUGAAAUGCUAGUGAAGCCCUCAAGUCCCACUGAAUUACUAGUUCCGAAAUCUCCUGGAGGUCCUAAGUCUGCUGAGAGUCUGAAGACCACCACUAUUGUCAUGAGCAAACACACACUAGCACCUCAGACCAGUUUGGAAACCCGGUCAGCUAAUAUGGUUUUGCAUGGAACAACACACUCUGCGGCACCUACUCCUUCCAAAAAUCCUCCAACCCCUCCCAAUCAUCAACUUCAUAAGAGGUUUUCAUCAGAAUCUACUCUACUUCACCCACCGAAAAUAAGACCAAUUCAGUCAGCCUCCAGUCAGCCUAAGUUAACAAAACAACAGCCUUCAGUUGGUGAUGAGAUUAAUUAUAAAAGUGCAAUUUCUACUCCUAUUGAUGGACGAAUUCUAACUACUGACAACACGGUAAACAAAACCAAUAUAUUGAAAUCUGCUGCUGUUUCUAGCUCACAUUCAAAGUCUCUUGAAAAUCUUGAGGUUAUAGGUUCUAUAGGUUCUAAUACCAACACUUCACCAGAAGUUCUGGACCACUUAAAUUUAAAUAUUCCUACCAAUACCAAGAAACAUGAUCUUGAUAUGACUUAUUACAAGGGAUCAUCUGUUCCUGAAAGACCACCAACAGAAUACCGUGAGAAUGUGAACCAUUCCUUAGUUUCUGACUGUGCUAAUACAAACACAGAAAGAAAUACAACUCUUCCAGAUUUGUAUUCUCCUGUUUACAGUCCCCAUAUCAGACCACUUUCUUCUUACAAUAUUGACACUAACAGAAUUUCUUUUGAAACAUCCCACCACUCGAAUGAUUCCAAUAGAGCUUCACCUUGCCUCAAUCCUACGUCCAUUCAUGACGAGUUAAGUGAAAAUAAAGUUAUUCCUCCUCCCUUUGAAUUUAGAUCUUUAGAUCUUUUCCACCAUUUAGAGGGUAAUGAUAAUAAAUCUCACCCCUUCAGGCAAAUGAAGAGUAUUUCUCCUGUCCCAACUUCCUUUUUGAGUUCAUUAGUUACACCAAAUGUUCAUCAGGAAAACCAUAAAAAUAUUGAAGCAGAUGAUCUCCCACCCCCUGUGUGUUACGCUACCAUGCCUACCUCAAGUUCUAGUACUUUCAUUUUGACUGAAAUUUCAAGCCCAACUGUACUUCCUGAUUUUCCUAUAACUACUGUUCAACCUAUUCCACAUGUCCUUGCAACAUCUAACACUCCUAGGUUUUGUCAAGAUCCAGAGGUCACAUUAUUGAGCUCAAUUCCUUCAUCAUCUCCUUUAGGAGUAAGAACAACAUUGCACAGCCCUUUGUCAAUGGUUGCCCACUCACAUUCAGCUUCUCCAGGCAAAAUACAUUGCACUUUUCCUAUCAAUUCCUGUUCUUCCUACCCUCAGUCCCUAUCCUCUUCUGCAGAGAGUGCCCUGGACACCGAUGGGUAUGGCAGAAUUCGGUCAUCAUUUCAGGCUGUAACUGGUCCACAAAGUAAUGCAACCUCCACUGCUGUAUCUGGUAAUAUCACUGCUGUGACUACAUCAACUGCAACAACAAGUGCAUCCACUCCCCCACCAGCACCUCAAAAAAUGUCCGUGAGUGAUAAAAUGAAAUUUUUUGAGAAAGCAAUGGAGGAACAACAUCAGCCUUCUCCCAAACCAGAAAAAGUUUUUAGCUUCUUAAGCCAAGAUGAAGUUGAAAAAAUGAAGCAGGAAGAAGAAAAGAAAAUUGCAUCUCUCUCGCGCUCAGAGCUUAAGACUCUGACCAACAUGGUUGAACAUGAUGAAGAUGAUGAGGAUCGCAAUGAAAGCCAUAAUGAUGCCGAUAGUAGUUUCAACAGAAAUUCUUCCACCACACCGAUCCGGGAAGUACCAGUUCGAACUGCUAAAGCAGAGAAACGUCGAAAGGAGAGACUUCUUCAGGAGGGUAUCCUGACAGAUGAGGAGGAUAAAGAACUAUCACCUGCCGAACAGCGUUCUUUACGUGCUGAAAAACGAGCUGCAUGGCGCCAAGCUCGUUUUAAGUCUCUAGAACAGGAUGCACUCCAGGCUCAAAUGGUCAUUAAGAAGAUGAGUGAAAUGAUUGAUAGUGACCCAAACAAAAGUAACUCUACUCCUGAGGCAGGCACCUCACCCAUGCCACUAGCUGGAGUAGAAGAAACUGACACUGCAUCGUUCAAUAAUAACAACAAUUUUGAGAAUAAUCAUUUGCAUCACAACAAUCUUCAUGCAGAUGGAGAAAACAAUGUAGAGCUAGAGCCAAGCCCUGCUUUACUCCGGCCUUCUAGUGCUGAUUUUCCAAAGCUGGCCCUCCGGGCACAAGAGGGAGCCACAAAAGUUCGAGAGUCUGAACGACUCCUUGGAGAAAAAGUGACCCGCAAAACGGAGGAGUAUGUGGACGAAGCAUCAGGAAUGAUCAAAGUUCGCACCGUAGAAUACGUUGAAAAGCUGAUAGAAAAAGAGGUUGAAACAACUCGGGAGAAGAUCAUAUCAUUGGAGUUAUGCAGUCCAGAGGAUGUAAAGAAAAAUGCAUUGUUAGAUGUUACCCCACCAGUUUCUCCAACAUUACAGGAAGAAGAUGAAGAUGAAGAUAAUGAAGAAGAAGAGCAGCAAUCAUCAGACAUUCCAUCAUCCACACCCACUUCCCCCACCACUGAGGAUGGUCCUGAAUCCAUCAACACUAACAAAAAAAAGAGGCGAAAACGUAGUAAGAAGAAACAUUAGAUUUUUGUCCCGCCAUCUUAUAGUUUUUCAUGUGAUCACCUAUUUCAUGAAUUUAUAAGUUAUCCAUGUGUUUAAUUGGUUAAUGUUUUUCUCUAUUUAUUAUGUCCUCUCUUGCUUAGGACAGUUUUCCGUUUAAGUUUGCUCUGUAAAUAUUAAGCUGUAUGAAUUUCUGUUAAAAAUUAUUUCAUUGUCAUGAAAUUUUUAAUGUUCAGUGUGUAAUGUUCUGAUUUUAAUGAAUUUUUAUUGUAUUUAUUAUAAAUGAGUUAGGUACCUAUAUGUCUUUUCCCCUUUUAUUGGUUUUGAUUGUUGUGUGCUGGCAGGCUACAUCUUCCCGUGAGUUGUGAGUGGGAAAAGUUUUUGAGAAAAAGUCUGUGCUCAGGACAGAGAUGCUUUAAUUCAAUGUGAAGUGUUUCACUUGGCGCACACAAAGAACAUCACACAAACAGUACUACAGAUCGUCAUAGCUUUUCCUGUAUUGUUUCUUGCAGUUACAUAGAUAAAUUCUCUUACAUUUCCCUGUAUUUUUGUACGAAAAUUUGUACCUUUAAUUGUACUGUAAUGUUUGUGAUCCCAUCUUAACAAUCACAAAAUAAUCUCUACCAGGAUUAAAUACAUUUUGAAACCCUCUGCUGUAUCUGCCUUUCCUCUAAGCCUGUACAAGGAGACAGCAAUAUUAUCAACUAGAUGGGUCCAAUAAUACCCCCCCCUCCCCCUCCCCAAGAAAAAAAAAAAAGGCAGCUUAUUGGCUUUUAAGAUCUCUAAUUAAGGCUUGGAUGAUGAAGACCACCCAGUAUUGUAAGUGCCUUACUCAAGGUGGUCCUUAUAAAUUGUUGGACAUUUUCUUAAAUCAAAAAUAUUUUGCAUACCUAUGGAUUACCAGUUUCAAAGAAAUAAACAAAUAGGGAUUUAUUUUAUUUUAGUCUCUGCAUUUUAAUAAUUUGACUUGCACCUGUCAAUUGCAUUUUCAGUAAGGUGUGCUACAUGCUAUUUCUCUUCUCUCUUUACCUGUUGGAGAUUCCGUUUUAAAUUUAUCUUUAAUGCUCAACUAAUUUAAUUUUGGUAGAAUGUUUAUUUGUUUUGUUGUUGCCAAACAUAUUUUGACAGGAACACAUUUAUCCGUCCCUGUAUGUUCCUCCGUCCCUCCGUCCUUUUAUUUUCAUGGCAUUGUAUGAAAUUUUUGAAUUUUGAAACAAUCAAAAUCAAUUUAUAUAGAUAAGUGGCAGCGUUGUAACACGUAUUUGAAGAAGUAUCUUUUCACUGUGAUGUUCUAUUGUAUCUACUAUAAUGUAAGUUGAUUGUGACUUUGAGACUGUUGUUUAACAGAGUACUGCAAAUAGAAGUGACCAAAUUGUAACACUAUUUUAUUAUUAGGAACAUGUCAUAUUGUGCCCCAACAAUGAUCAAUGGUGUUGGUUAGCCUUAUCUGUUAUAGAAAAUAUAUGCUGUGUACAAAACAAAGAAUUAAAAGAGAACGUUUUA